ACACACACACAUAAACACACAAACAUCCUCAUAGACGCUCUAAAUUGCACAAAUGCACACAAAAGGUGUGAGAUGGCUGUCACUUAAGCCAUAUUGAUAAAGGUGAUUUCCACAGGUGCUGAUCUGACAUUUUGAGAGCGCCGGCUAACUGGAGUGCAGCAACAUGACCAAGGGCACAUUUUUCCUGUUUCUACUUGCACUUGUUGAAGUGACCGCUUCCAGCAAAAAUGAUACCAGCAAUCGUGAAAAGCGGGAAGCUGUUCUUAUUCGUUCAAAGAGAAGAUGGAUUAUGUCCACCAUUGAUCUUGAGGAGAACAGGCCUGGACCGUAUCCCAUUGAGGUUACACAGCUGUUCAAUGACAAAAAGGAGGGCAACUCCGUCAAGUUCCGCCUCCAAGGAGACGGGGUGACAAGAGAGCCAUUUGGUUUGUUUUCCAUUAACGAAAACACUGGGGUUGUAUUCGUACACCGGCCCAUCGACCGGGAAAUUAAUCCCAUCUUCCAUAUGGACUUUGACGUGCUGGACAGGCAGACUGGAAAAGAGUUGGACAAAACGCUGUCAUUCAACGUGGAAAUAAAGGACGUGAAUGACAACAGACCCGAGUUCCCGCUGGAAACUAUCCGUAUAACAGUUCAGGAGAACACUCCUGAAGGCAUUCUGCAUGGAGCAAUUCAAGCUCAUGACAAAGAUCAGGUGGAUACUCCUAAUUCCCAGUUCACCAUGAGGCUGGUGUCACAAGAACCUGCAUUACCAAAAAUUUCCCUGAAGGACAUACCUGGGACCCCUAAAAUCAAACAGCUCGUCUUCACGGGAUGCUUUGACUAUGAUAUUGCAAAAACAUAUGAAAUACUAGUUGAAGUGAAGGAUAAAGGGACACCUGCAAUGUCUUCAACUGGAACUGUUUUUCUGGACAUCAGAGAUGCCAACACCCAUCCACCAGAAUUUAAUUCUACCACGUACAACACUGAAGUGAAGGAAAUGGAAUCAAACAAUGAGAUCCUAAGAAUUGGCGUCACAGACAAGGACACACCGAACACGGCUGCAUCAAGAGCGGUGUUCUCCAUCCUGAAGGGCAACGAAGAUCGAAAUUAUAAGAUCGAGACAGACCCCAAAACCAAUGAAGGUGUGCUGUCUGUUAUCAAGGGGAAGAAUUCUGGGAAAACUGAGAUCACAGAGUUGGAAAUAGCUGUUGAGAACGAGGAGAAAUUAUUUCAGUGUGUCAAUGGAAAGGCCCUACCUACAGGUUCCACACCACAGCCAAACUCUGUCAAAGUGGCAGUGAAAGUCAUUGGCGAGAAUGAUCCCCCUCAAUUUAAGAAGACUACUGAAGUAAUUUACCGAAAUGAAAAUGGAGAUCCUGGAGAUGUGUUGUUUGUUCCUGAAGUCAAAGAUGAAGACUCAGACUUAAGCAAAAUCAGGUAUGAGUUAGUACAAGACCCAGCCAAAUGGGUGAGUGUUGACCCGACGACAGGAAAGAUCACCACAGUUCAGAAGAUGGACCGGGAAUCUCCAUUCAUCAAAAAUGGCACCUACACUGUUGUAGUCCAGGCUAUAGAUGGCGGUAAGCACCGAGAUCUGUUCUUAGUAUGACCAAACAAUUCAAACCAGAUGU